CCAAAAUGCCCACUUCGCCCAGAAGAAAGAACAGAAAAAAACGUAUAUUUAUUUGUUAGCACAUAAGCGCACGGCUACCAUGCUGUUCCUCUGUCUCUGAGUCUCUGUGAUGGUUCAGUGCCAAUUUGCUUUGAAAUUUUGUAGACGCCGUUUCAGAGCAAGAAGGAGGGAUAUUUCGGAGACCAAAAGUUGUAGAGGGUGGCUUUAGCUUUAGAAGUAAAAAGGUCACAAAGAGAGAAGCUUUUUAAAGAAUGGAGACUAGCAGCAGUACCAGCAGUAGUAUUACUGGUAGUAACGUUAGCAUUGUGACGGAUCAGAGAAAAGCAAAUCGGUUUCAGGGAAUCCGAAUAGAGAAUCCGUUUGCUUUGAAAGUGGGUCAAGUAUUCACUGGCUUUGGCAUCGGCUGUGGUAUUGGUAUCGGCGUUGGCCGCCCAAUAAAUCUAGGUGCAGUACCAAUGCUAAAUCAAGUCACGAGUGCCACCAGAGGAGCAACUGAUGCUUUUUCUGGUGUUAGCAGGCAUGUCAAUGACUCUUUGAGGAAGUUGGGAGCUAAGAGUAUUGAAGCAGGCGUAGGAUGUGGUGUUGGCUUUGGCCAUGGUUUCGGAGUUGGCCUUGCUAUAAAACCUGGAGUGUUGCAUCAAAUUCAAUCUUGUCUUGUACAAACAAUGACAAAGAUGAUGCUGAAGUUUGGAAUUGGUCCCACUUUACCCAUUGGACAAGGUGCCCUUCCGGUGUCUCUUCAAAGUGGUAUGAGCAUGAUGAAUCAAUCCUUAAACCAAAACCCAAUGGAAAGUAUCAUGCAGUUGGGAACCAAAUUGCCUGAAGACACAUCUCAAGGCCUGCCUGGAUAUGGAAAUAUUGGUUCAGGUUCAACUUAUGAGAAUUUUGCAUCAAAAGGCACUCCAAUUGACUCACCUUUUGGCAGUCGAACAGAAAAAGUUAUUAGCAGUUUUCUGCAGAAUCCAGUUUUGAAAGGCUCUGACACAGAACUGAAUGACUUGGCUGGACGAUUGCGGUCAGAAAACAGCAUGCUUCAAAUGGUACUGAAACACCAGCAAGUCAUUGAGGAGCUUAUGGAGGAAAAUGAAAAGGUUCGCCAAGUACUAGUGGAAGCUUUGAAAAUACCUCCCAGCAAGCUUCAAGCAACUUAUUCAAGUAGAAACAAGUCUUCGUGUUCCGAUUGUUUUGAGUGCCGAAGAAAACAAAGGAAAAGUAGAUGAAAGGGGAAAAUAUAAUUAAGUCCCCUGAACUUCCCCGUUUUUAACAUGAUAAUUAGCAUAGACACCAUGUAAGUGCUUCACCACAUAGGAGUUCAACUUGACACUCUUUUGCCUGGGGGUGUAGACUUUGAUUUGGCUUUGCUGCCCAACUGCGCAGAAUCAUUCUAGGGGAACACAAAAGUAGAAAUCUAGAUUACUUCACGAACAAAAAUGUAUUUACCAGAUUCAAGCAUUAUAUACAGAACAGUUGAGGAACUACUGAGCACAGAGGCUUUUUUUCCUUCUCCUUUUCUGCUCAGAUCAUGAGGUAAUUAAAGCUCUUGUUUUGAGUUUCGGUUUA